AUGCUAGACUAUUACAAGCUGCCCUACGAGACCGUGGAGGUCAACCCUUUGACCAAGGCGGAGCUCAAGUGGUCCACCUACCGCAAGGUGCCGGUCAUCAAGAUGGACGCCGGCCAGCGGGUGGCCAUGGACAGCAGCGCCAUCAUGAGCGAGCUCGCGGCGGAGCUGGAGGCGGCGGGGCGCGCCAAGGCGCCCGCCGCGGCGGCGCCUGCGACUGCCAAGCAGAGCGGCUGGUUGCGCCGCGGCGGCAGCGGCGGCGGCGAGACGAGCAGCGGCGGCCAGAGCGCGGAGGAGGAGGCGCAGUGGCGGCGCUGGGUGGACGAGCGGUUUGUGCGGCUGCUGACCGCCAACAUCUACCGCUCAUGGGAUGAGACGUGGGACACGUUCAGCUACAUCGCGGGCCAGUCCCACUGGAACUGGGCCAGCCAGCAGGCGGUGCGGCUGGGGGGGUCCCUCAUCAUGUGGCGCGUCGGCAAGGGCAUGCCCAAGAAGUACGGCAUCGACGGCGACCUUCGCGAUGCGUUGUAUCGUGAGGUGGACAAGUUUGUGGCGGCCCUGGGUGGCCGCGACUUCCUGGGGGGCUCAGCCCCAAAUCUCGCUGACCUGUCAGCGUACGGCGUGCUGCGGGCGGUGCAGGGGACGCCGACGUACAACGAUGUGGUGGCCUACACCAAGAUUGGCGACUGGCUCGCACGCAUGACCGUGGCGGUUGGCAGCAGCGCUGAGGUAAAGGCCACGGGCGACAAGUGA